AUAGUGUGUCUCUUGCGACCUGGCAUGGGCGAAUCCAGGGCGCUGUCUGAUACCCUCCGCAAACAGCAACUCAUCGCCAAUCCAGGAGCUUCAAGGCACGUUUUAAAUGUUCGUAAGAUGAUUGCUUCUGCGUUAACGACGCUUAUUGUUGCCUCAACGAUUCAAUGUGCACUACCUCCCUGGCGGACCUCGGGAAUGAUUGAGGAAUGUGUUGCGACACUCAAAGAGCUCCUCCCAACUGGACGUCCGAGCGAUUGCGCGGACAUCUUCGCCACUGGCAAGCACCGCAGUGGUAUCUACGACAUCUUCCCUUACAAGAACUCACCACGGCCUGUCUCUGCUUACUGUGAUAUGGAAACAGACGGCGGAGGAUGGACGGUUAUUCAGAGGAGAGGACAGUUUGGAAAUUCGCCCGACUACUUCUAUAAGAAAUGGAAGGACUACGUCAACGGCUUCGGACACCCAGCGGGAGAAUACUGGUUGGGUCUCAACGCUAUUCACGCUCUGACCUCAAACAAGGCAGUGGAGCUGCGUAUCCAACUGGGGAAUAGUUCCGGAGACAUAUUGACGGCUGACUACUCCGUCUUCAAGGUUGCCGACGAAAAGCAACAUUUUAAGCUCACAGUCGGUGGAUACUCAGGGAGGGAAGGGAGCGAUUCAUUCAGUGACGCGAACGGAGCCAUGUUCACUACACAGGACCAGGACCACGACCUGUACUGGGGAAACUGCGCUGUGUUGUAUAAAGGAGCAUGGUGGUAUCAAUAUUGCCACACCUCUAACCUUAACGGUCUCAACUACAACGGUCAGCACUCCACAUUUGCGGAUGGCAUAGAAUGGUCAAAACUGGACGGCAAAGCUGGUCUCUAUUACUAUUCCUUUCCGAAGGUCGAAAUGAAAAUUAGGGAUGUCAGUUUUCUGACGCCGGUAAUGUACGGUACUCUUUAUUAAGCUGAAUUAAAUUGCAUUCCGGCACUCAUAA